GUACACCAUGGAUGACGCAAGUCCAUUAUUCGGCCCCUUUGAAUAUAUAUGAAGAACUUUGCAUUAAUAAGGCCUACAUAUUCCAAGUAGCAACACGGUUUCCCCGAACAGAAUGAUCGCUGUAGAUGCUCUGAAAAUGAAUAGCAAUAUAAAAUUGUCAGACUAUGCUGUUGAGCUAACCAGUCGUGCUGUGAAUGAUCUUGUAAAACGAUUGUAAGCUAGAGGCAAGAUGAUGAACAGAGCUGGAGAGUGAUUCGAACUGUCAUCCAGACAAACCUCAGUUACCUUGAUCGUAAUCAUUGUAUCCAACCAAAUAUUGUGCAGUAAAUAGAAUCAUGAUCGGAAAGGGAGAGAGUAGCCGUUAUUUUUUCGUCGUUUAUUUCAUCGCUUUGAACGUCACCCACACCUUAGCUCGCUUUCAAACACCAAGCGCAGCAAAAUUCAAUUCGGGGGCUUUAUGGAAGGGGACCCCGGAAGUAAGAUUCAACAAUAACAACAAUUGGUUUGCUAUCUGCGCAGACUCUAGAUGGAAUAUCGAAGUAGCAAGAGCAGUAUGUUACCAUCGAGGAUUUAGCGGAGUUAUGCUUGUGGAUACGACGUCAUUAAACCAGCCAAUAAGACAUGCAUCAUGUGUUCCAGAUUAUUCAUCAUCUCCCCCGUUAUCCUGUCAAGAAAAUACAACCAACACUUGCUCUCAAGUACCAAGGGUUUCAUGUUUUUUACCUGGUUACACGGGAUGUUAUAGAAGCACAGAUGAUAAUCCUUACUUCACCAUCACUCCUCCUCAACAAUUCGAUCAGACCCUUCAGGAUUGUGGUCGCGAUUGUUAUUCAUUGGGUCAUCAAUUCUUUGGUGUGACCGGGUCUAGAUGUCACUGUUCAGAUAGCAAUGAACCUUCAGAAGGAGAAGAGUUAGGAAUGAUAGCAUGUCAAACACGAUGUCAAGGAGAUCCAGAUCAAAUAUGUGGUGGAACCAAUGCUGUCAGCGUUUAUGAAGCAUCCCUUGGCGAGUGUUAUCUAUAUCGCACAAUUGAAGACGGUGGUAUGGUACACUUCACAUCUCUGAAUUUUCCUGCAAAAUAUCCGCCAGAUUAUAGCUGUGAGUAUGACCUAACUGUGAACCUGAAUGAUACAGACCUUCAGAUUGUUAUCAACUACGAUCUAGAUGUCAGCGAUCAACUUCAAUUUUUAUCUGCUUUCACAAACAAAACCCUGAUAGGUGGAACUGGUCUCGAGACAAUCUUCAUACCAAACUUUGAGACUCAUUCAAUCAAUCUCAUUUUCCGUUCUGAGUAUCAAAGUACUCGUGGUUACUUCGUCAUUUACUUUUAUUCAGAAUUUAUCCCAUUUACCACUGACUAUGGUACACCCGAAGAAUUCACUACCCCUCAACAACAAACAUCAGAGACUAUGGCUACAGUAACUGUAAUUCCGCCUACCAACAACGUUGGUUUGUACAUAGGCGUGGGAGUAGCAGGAGUGAUCGUUGUUCUUUUAUUCAUAGCUUUAUUGAGUGUUCUCAUCACGGCAAGGAGAAAUAGGUCCAAGCCUGCCGCAGCUGGUCACGUUGAUGUUACCUCCUCAACGAACGUUGCAUAUAAUAUGGAUAGCGAACGGGUCACUGUCAAGACGGGAGACACACCGGGUACACAUUCGAAUGAUGAUACACACAGAUAUGCCACCAUCGAGGGUAAUUAUUACUACGCUACUACCAAUGGUCCGCAACCGCCAUUGCCAAAGCCACGUGAUGCCAAUUCACCAGCCAAUCAGGAAGCGGAGUAUGAAGAGCUACCUGACCAAGGAUCUGGAACCCCAUAUCAAUCGCUGACAAAAAAUGAUAUUCAGGCUUAUCAGGAACUUCGCAAAAAUCAAGCUCCCUCACACACAACGCUUGAACCUCCGGCUAAUAAUGAAUACUUAGAACCAAUCUAACAUUUAAAUGAGAGCAAAACAGUUUGUCUAUAUAUUUUGAGAAUUGAAGAACGCUUCUUUAAUAUUUUAUAUUCAUUAUCAAUAGUUGUAUUUGUAUUACUUACUGCAUAUCCCGUGCUUGAUAUGCUUUAAAAUCAUAAGAUCGCAAAAAUGUGUGUGUAUAAACAUGUUGAAUCUAAUUCUGUCUCAUGGUACCGUGCUGUACAUUUUUCACUAUUCCUACGGGUUUUCGUAUUCAUGAAAUAAGACACAUUCAUACUUUUUAUUAAGUUGUUAUUUCAUUGCAUUUAUCUCUGUUUAUUUUCAAUUAAACACCCGAGUAAAACAAAUGAAUAUAAAAUUUACAAAUAAAAAUGGAAAUGCACCCAAGAAUAAUACCAACAUGUUUAUAUAGCGCAUAUCACUGCCAACUGCGUCCCUAUGCGCUUCAUUGGAUAUUAUUACCCUGGCUUUAGCCC